UGAGCGGUGAGGGGAGGUAAGAGACCCGCUCUCGCGCACUCACAUCGUACCGGACGGGGUGAAGGCGGUCUGCGUCGCGGGGUUGACGGUCUCGGCGGCGUCAACGGUUUGGCUGCUGUCAGCGUGGCGUUAGCCAAGACGCACUAGAUGCUGGUUGUGACGACACCGGCGGUGGUCCACACCGUGGCGAGGACGACCUCGCCGCCGACAGUCGUAGUGUAUCGCCGCGCAAGAACGGGGGAAAGGACGAGCGAGGCGAUGAGGGGGAGGGAGAAGCGCAUGACAAACGAGUGUGACAGGAGAAACAAGACAGAGAUACAAGAUGACAAGAAGAGUUGAGAAAGACUAAGAAGCCAAGACGCGUCUGCCAAGAACAUGCAGGUUCACCCCUGAUCCCUCCCCGCAGCCAAGUCACGUGUUCCAGGCCCUCGUCCAAAAGUUGAUCGUGAAUUCGACAUCCCUCCACACCACAAACAACAUGGUCUCGACACGCUCCCGCACCGCCUCGGAAGCGCUGACGCCCACGCGCGCACUGCACGCCGCCGACGAGGUGCGCGACAGCCCGCGCGCGAGUCCCCGGCGCACCGCUGCUCCGCGCCAGCCCCGCGCGACGCGCGCCCGCGCCAGCAGGUUGCGGAACGUGCAGGAGAUGGAGGGGGUGAGGGAGGAGAGGGAGGAGAGUGCGGCGAGCGAGGUGACCAACUUUACGGAGGCGUCUGAGACGAACGGGGUGAACGGGGAGGCACACGAGACGGAAAGUGUCGCUAGUGCGCCGAGCGAGGCCGCGAGCGAGGCGAGUGACGAUACCGCCCGCCCGGAAGAUGGCGAGGUCGAGGUUGAGUCGGCGAGCGAGGCUGCGAGCGAAGCUGGCGACUACACGGCAAGCGAGGCGGACGAGAUGGACGAGGGCGACGGCGAGCUGGCAACGGACGCGGAGCAAGACCAGGCCGAGGAUUCAGGCGACGAGACCGAGACCGCCGAGCGCGAGGAGACGCCCAAGCCUGCGGCGCCGACGCCGAAGAAGCGCAAGUCGCUCGUCGCCGACAGCUCCGCGAAGAAGGCGCGUGUGUCUGCAGUGCCGACGCCAGUGAUGUCCACGCCAGCAAAGUCCACGCCAGCAAAGUCCACGCCAGCGAAGACCACGCCAGCGAAGACACCCAAGACGCCAAAGUCUGCACCGAACGCCCAGCCUGCCGCGCCCGCCACCGCAACAGGCAAGACGUCCCGCCGCCGCCGCCGCCAAAAGGCGCGGAGGGAGGCGAUGCACGCGGCCCCCGCGAUCGCGCUGUCCUCCGUACCGUCCGCCACGGCACAGCAGCUGCGGGACGCAGUAGACGCCGUGCUGGCCGACACAACGGGGAGCGUGUGUGCGUCGCGCUUCGCGCGCGCUGUCGCGGACGAGUGGGAGCCGCUUGUGCCGGCUACGCGGGCGGUUGUGCUCGAUCUCGCGGAGCGGGGGCGGGUGCGGGUCGUCACGGGCGGCGAGAGCGGGCCGUUGCGCGUAGAGCGCGGCGCGGCGUUCUAGGCGCUUCCGGGGAGGAGGGGGUGCAAGGGCGCAAGAAGUGUCGGAUAUUCUGCAUAUGCAUA